UCUGAUUUUGUGAAGUACUGGUCGUCAUAUCAACGGCAUACCUCUGUAGAAUUUAAAUACACGCAAACUUCUCAAAGUCAUCAUAUCGAAGUUUCACUUGAGAGCUUGCUCUUUACAAUGGAACGCGUUCAAGGGAACCUUUUCUUUUGGAACGCGACCAUCGAGGCCACCAACCAAUGGGUGGUCCAUGAAUUUCAGAUCAUGUUUCAGCGCUUGACAUUCGUGUGGGUACUAUUUGUGACGAACAAGUUGCUAAACGACUUCAUCAUCAGGACCACUUUAUCCAAGCCAUUGGUGAUGAUAUCCAUCCUCGAUUAUGUCUUUGUCGACCUUCUCCACAUUGCCACGUACUCCUUGGCCUUGAUCUCAGUGACGACAUCGUUGAAGACACUUAAAGUGCCCAUUCCUCACGUGGUGGCCGUUCCAUUAUCGUGGUUACUAUUUAUGAGUAUCCUUAUGGUCUUCCUGUAUCUUACCUUUGGAGUCAUUAUCAGAUACGUCUUUAUUACAACUAAACGAAUUUACCUGGGUUCCAUAACGGAUGAAAGGCUCAGAUGGUUAACUCUCGGCACAGGAAUCGUCAUUGCCAUCAUCAUUUGCCUCUGCCUCAAUCUCUGGGGAGAACCAGCCUACUUCAGAUCUCAGACAGGAGGGAUAAACCUGUCCAAGCAUAAAGCUUUCAGUUAUGUUAUGAGUGCAUUGGCCUCUUUCAGCAUUGUCUUGAACAUCACGCUGAGCUUCUUGAUUCGUAAGAAGAAUAGUGAAGCCGAUGGAGCAAGUGUAACUUCUGCUACGUCAUCACAGGAAAUGCUAUCCAUGGGACUUUUAUGCUUGAUGGCUUUGUUCAUGCUCUCACUUGCUUUGACCAAUGUCAUUAACUUCAAGGAGCUACAAAAGGAUCGUGACGCGAGACUAAGGAUGCUCAUUGGAUCCUAUGCUCUUCCGUUCACCUGUUUUAUGACAAAAAAGCAACUGCGGCAAAAAGUACUAGCCAACUUGAAAAUUGACAAGGUUAGUGACAUCAUGAAGGGUCGUUGGUCAAGGAGCGGACAUUGACAUUGAAAAGUCUGCAAAAUAAAACUCUCAAGAUACACUCAUGGGCAGCUGAAAUGUCGCACUCUUUUUUAAUGGUUCCAGAUGCAGUUCGGGGUACAGAAAUGCCACUCUGAGAUUGUUUUGGUUCCCGUGAGAUUGCACUGUGUGAGCGAUGAGGAUUGAUUGUGCACACAUCUAGUUACGUGAUUCUCAACAUAAAGGGACUCUAGAGCUCUAGUU